AAACUCUAAUUCCUAAAACAUGGGCUCUCCUUAAGUUGUCUAUAAACUUCCAUCUGCUUAUAAAUAAGUAAUUUCCUACCACAUACCUAUUUUAUUAACUAAUUUCUACUAUAUCAUUAGCUAUUUCUUCUACUGAUAAUUCAAAAAUGGCGAAGAAUGUAGCUGAGUCUCCUCUUGAGAUAACUAGUUCAAGCUUGGGUUCACUUGACCAAAAGCUGGCCAUGGCUAAACGUUGCUCUCAUGAAGGCGUAGUCGCCGGAGCUAAAGCAGCCAUUGUUGCUGGUAUUGCCACUGCCAUUCCAACUCUGGCCAGUGCAAGGAUGCUGCCUUGGGCUAGAGCUAAUCUCAACCACACUGCUCAAGCUCUCAUAAUUUCUACAGUUGCUGGAGCAGCAUAUUUCAUAGUUGCAGACAAGACUGUUCUGGCUACAGCAAGAAGGAACUCCUUCAAGCAGAACCCUAACAUUGAGGCAUGACCUUAUAUAUAUGACCCCAGUUAUGUAAUCUAUUGUCAUCGAAUAAUAAUCAACUACAUUGAAUAGAAUAUUCAUGUUUAAGUAA